GGGUUAUAGUGUUCGCCUCAUUCUUCUGUAAUCUCACUGUUGAUGGCAUUUGCUAUACAUUUGGCCUUUUCUUUAAUGAUUUUGUCAUACAUUUCCACUCAAGUAAAGCCGUUACAGCAUUAGCAGGGUCUUUAUUGAGUGGUUGCUAUAUGACAGCAGGUGUAUUUGUUAGUGGAUUAACAAACAGAUACGGAUGCCGGCCCAUCACAAUAGUGGGCAGUUUGAUAUCAUGUGUGGCUUUCCUAUUAGCCACAGUGGCUCCCAAUUCAUUUGUUUUGCUCAUCACAUACGGAAUAAUGGGUGGAGUCGGAUUUGGAUUAAUAUAUUUACCGGCAAUAGUGACAGUCGGCUACUAUUUUACAACUAAAAGAGCUUUUGCCACCGGAAUAGCAGUGUGUGGGUCAGGUAUGGGUGCAUUUCUGUUCGCACCGUUAUGUCAGUGGCUCUUAACUGUAUACGAUUGGAAGAAUGCCUUGAUAAUACUUGCAGGAUUAAUACUCAAUUGUGUUGUCUUUGGUUCACUUAUGAGACCAUUGAAUAUUGUGGUCAAUAGUGAAGAACCGGAUGAGAUUGACCUCCAGAAGCUCAAAAACACUGAACCGGGAGUUCAUUCCAGUCUUACUAUAAAUCAUUUGGAGCCACCACUCAGUGCUAUCCAAUCGGCCAUUCAAUCAGAGAUCUUAACCCAUAAGAAGAAGACCAAAAUGCGGUCCAUAUCUGACACGAAAUCACCAGUUCUUGAGGAGCUUUUAUCACCAGUUUUGCACAAAACACACAUUCAUUCAUCUCAAAGGUCUAUAUUUUUGCCACCGAUGGCUAAAAAGGAUGUCUUCUAUUCUGGAAGUACUUUAAACUUAAAGUCCGAAUCAAAUGGAAAUUUGAGUUUUGUUUCCAACAAUAAUAACAUUCAUUCAAUUGAUCGCAAAUAUUCCUAUAAACUGUCGGUUACUUCGGAUUCAAUUUGUUAUGAGAAGAGAGAUGUGAACAAAGAUCUCAAGACAGACACAAACAAAGAGACGUUUGGCUCGAUUUUGGUCCAAAUAUUUGAUUUGUCUGUUUUGAAGAAACCGGUUAUGAUUUUGUUAGUCGUGGCCAAUGUCUUCGGGAUGACUGGUUAUUACAUACCAUUCGUAUACAUCACUCAACACGUGAGGAAUGGCAUCAAAGACGGCGACGAAAUGGUGGGCCCGGGAAAGGCGGCACUCAUUCUGUCGGCUAUAGGAAUCUCUAAUGUUUUCGGACGACUAUUCUUCGGGUGGUUUAGUGACAAAGUCUCGGGCAAAACAAUUGGACACAACAUCAGGAUAACAGCCCUUACUAUCAAUAACUUUUGUCUACUCAUGUCAGGCAUCGCCACAGUUAUGAUUCCCCUUUGGAGUCAAUACUGGCUUUUGCUCAUCGAUUGUAUAGUCUUUGCCUCGUAUAUGUCGUUGACGUCAAUCAUUUUGGCGGAUCUGUUGGGCAUCGAGAUCUUGUCGACAACUUUCGGUCUCAUCAGUUGUUUUCGCGGCAUAUCCUCAAUACUGGGCCCUCCAUUGGCCGGUGCUCUCUAUGACAUGACCGGCUCUUUCGCUUUUGUCUUCAUUAGCGCCGGUCUUCUACUUAUCAUUUCAUCCAUUAUUCACUGUUUUGUUUCCAAAUAUGAAAAUCACUAAUAAAUCAUUAAAUCUAUUCAUCUAUUCAUAUAAUUAUUUAUCUUGAUCUUUACACAGUAC